AUGAACCUCAUUUUGAGCUUCGUGGCGCUUUUCUCUGUGAUGGUAGCGGCCACAGGUACUGUGGUGGAAGAUUUCAACCAUGUGGAGAGGUGCAAAGACUCUCUGUACAUGGGCACUCCGCCGAGAGGAAUGACCAAACCACACAUGAAGAAGAUAUGCCAGCGCUAUGCUGACAAACCGCGCUAUGUGACCCUGUAUGAUCCCAACACUCGCAUCCCUGUUUACUCGGCGUACACCUUCAAGAAGACUGAGGGCGACCGGAGGGUUGACUAUCCUUGGAUGUAUGAGCCCCAGCUUGCAGAGACAGAUGGCAAUGGAAACAUGCUUCCCUUCCCUACCGGCUACCUGCACAUGAAGUUUGAAGACAGCCAGGCCGUCCUCGAAGACUACUCUGACGUAGUUCUGUACGAGAGAGGUCAUCUGAACCCAGAUCAGCAUCAGUCCGACCCCCACGACCGUGCCGCCACAUACUCCCUCACCAACGUGGUGCCAGAAAUCCGUGAGUUCAACAUCGGGCCUUGGCGAGAACACGAGGAGCGCAUCCGAGUCCGCCUCAACAACUACUGCCGUGGAAUCGCAUUCAUUGUGACUGGCGUGACCCACCUGGGCAACAUGAUCCGCAGAAACAACCAAAAACGGGUGGGCAUCCCAGAAGAAGUGUGGUCAGCAUACUGCUGCACCGAGUACGACCGGAACGCACCUCACGAUGUCAGAGUUCGCUUCCCCUCUCAAGCCUUUCUAGCCAAGAAUGCCAAAGAGGGGAACGCCGUCCACGAAAUGAGCGUGCAGGAACUGGAGAUCUUCCUGGGCAAGAACAGAGACAUGGGCGAGAACCUGCAGAUCUUUUACGACAACUGCAUCUCUCCAUCGCCACUGCCUCUCUACCUGCACCACACCAUAUGAAGAGAUGUGUCCUCACCACAAAGCAUCGCUGUGCUAUUGGUCUCAGCGGGCAUGCUUGCUCUUUCUUUGGCGAUGUUUGGCUCGUUUUUGUAU